CGGUCUCACACAUACACACACACACUGAGAGUCAGAGGUCUGCCCGAACACACAUCGCAAUGGACGGAACAAGCGAGCUGCAGAGUUUGUGCAGGUGAGCUGUAGUGAUGGUGCCCCUUGAGUUGCAGUGCAGCGCUCAGCUCCUCCUCCAGUGAUUGGUGUGUGUGUGGUGUUUCUCGAUGUCGGGUCUGCUGGGUCGCGUGCGCUCGGCGUUCCGCAGCCGGCCGGACAACUGGCACCUGAGCGACGCCGCCGCCUUUGACUUCUCGGAGGAUCUGCAGGAGGAGGAGUCGCCGCGCUUCAGCCGGCUGCAGGUGGUGGUGUCCGGAGAGGCGGAGGAGCGUCCGGCCACUAACGGCUCCGCACGCAACACACUGACGGACGAUGAUGACUCUCUGCUGGGGGCCUCCAGCGGCCCUGCGGGGACUGAGGCCUGCGACGGCUGCCAGAGGAACCGAGAACAGCAGCGGCGCCACAGGGUCAUGCGCAAACUGGGCGGAGCCGCGGUGCUCUACUUCCUAUUCAUGGUGGGAGAGCUGAUAGGAGGAUAUGUGGCCAACAGUCUGGCCAUCAUGACGGACGCUCUGCACAUGCUGACGGAUCUGAUCGGGAUCAUCGUGUCUCUGCUGGCGCUCUGGCUCUCCGCAAAACCUCCGACGUACAGAUUCACCUUCGGCCUCCAUCGACUGGAGGUGUUGUCCGCAGGCAUCAGUGUGUUGCUGAUCUACAUUCUGACCGGGGUGUUGUUGAACGAAGCGGCUCAGAGGACGAUCCAUCAGGACUUCACUAUUGACGGUGAUGUGAUGCUGAUCACGGCUGCGGUCGGAGUCGCUGUAAACCUGCUGAUGGGCUUCCUCCUCAAUCAGUCCGGCCACCUUCAUUCUCAUUCUCAUGGGCACGGGCACUCUCAUGGCUCAGCAGGUCACGGGUCAGCAGGUCAGGGGUCAUCGGGUCAGCGGGGUCACGGCAGUCUGGCGGUGCGAGCGGCCUUCAUCCACGCACUGGGAGAUCUGGUUCAGAGUGUCGGUGUUCUCAUCGCUGCGUACAUUGUCAGGUUUAAGCCGGAGUAUAAGCUUGCGGACCCCAUAUGUACGUACCUGUUCUCGGUUCUGGUGCUCUUCAGCACAUUCCAGAUCAUCAGAGACACUGGCAUCAUCCUGCUGGAGGGUGUGCCACGUCACAUGGACGUGUCGGUCAUCAGAGCAGAGCUGCUGAAGCUGCAGCAUGUGGAGUGUGUGGAGGAGCUGAAGCUGUGGGCGCUGACCGCCGAUAAGACUGCAGCCGUCGUUCAUCUGCAGCUCGCGCCGGGGAUUGUGGGUAACUGGGAGGAAGUGCAGGCGAGCGCGCGGAGGCUGCUGAUGGUGUCACACGGUGUGACGCACUGCACGGUACAACUGCAGACGCACAGACAGGGGGCGCCGCAGGCCUGCACACACUGCCUGAGCCCACGAGCCUGAGCAACACACACACACACACACACACAGACGGAGAACUGACCCAGCAGGGUUUUAAUGAUUGUCUCGCAGAUUUUCUAUGAUUAUUAUCGACCUCAUUUUGAUAAACAUUUAAUACAGGCGGUCUGUCAGAGGAGAGUGUGUAGCGUGUGUUUGAUGGAGAGAUGCAGACGGAAGUGUUCAUGUGUGUGUGUGUUUCUCAUGACCACAUUCAACCUCAAAGCUAGAGGGAAAACACAAGCACUUUCCUUUGCUCUAGUUUGGUAGCUUGAUGUGUUUUAUUCUCAUGUAAGCACUUUUGCGCCUCAGAUCUGAGCGCUUCAUGCUAAACCAAUCAUUGUUAUUAAUGUCGUGUGUUUGGAAGGGAUCGAUCACCUUCUGUUUACUGACCAUCGAGAGGAUUAAAAGCUUCAAUUCUGUUGAACACUAAAGAAGAUAUUUUGAAGAAUGCUGGAAUCCGGUAACCAUUGACUUCAAAAGUAUUUUCCUCAUAUGGAGGUCAAUGGUUACCGGUUUUCAGCAUUCUUCAAAAUAUCUUCUUUAGUGUUCAACAGAAUUAAAAGAAGCUCAUAAAGGUGUAAAACCCCAUGAGACAGAGUAAAUAGUGAGCUAAUCUGAUAUUUGUGGGUGAACUGACCCUUAUUGACUUGUAUUACUUUAAUUUUUGUUUACAUGAGUGUGAAUGUAACGCUCUGCAGAUUUCUGUUAAACAGUUCAGGCGUUCGGACACGGCGCUAAACAGAAAGCCUUAAUGCUCCACACUCGAGGCUUUGAGUUAGAUUUUGGGUUGAAAUAUGAGCUGACGGCGUUCAUGAGGGAUUAUCAGACGCUCAGUGUCUUAUUCAAUAUGUCUGCACAGCCUGUCAAUCAACAACUGACACACACACACACAUCAGACGUGGGCUCCUCCAGGUGUGUGUGUGUCAGUGUGAUCAGUUCACAGGCUCAGAACAGAAGAUCAUUUCUCUUUGUAUUGAUUCCUCUGUGCCUCAGUUGAACAUUAUUGAUGAUUAUUGAUUAUUGAUGAUGAUGAUGGUGAUUUGUCUGUCAGUGAUUCUCAUCAGUAUUCGGCUGCGAUGCCUUUUUUAUCAUUAUUUUUAUGACUUUUGUUUUGUUCAUCUGAUUUUGAAGCAGAGGCUUGAUUAAUGCUGUUGUUUGUGUGUAGAUUUUGUUGUCGGUCUUGUCUUGUGUGUGUGUGUGUGUGUCUGAUGAUGAAGAUGAUUGAGUUCCACUGACCGCUGAAGCGCUUCACAACCUCAAUUAAAACAUUUUAAAGCUGCUGUUCUCUCCUGCUGUGUGU